AUGCGCCUCCGCGCCGCCGCCGCCGCCCUCUGCCUCUGCCUGCUGGGCGCCUGCCGCCUUCGCCGCGGGCUGGAGGCCGCCGCCGUGCGCGGCCCGUCGGCGGCCGCUCCCCAGCGACCCUCGGCAGCCGCGCCUUCCUCCGCCUCCUCCUCCUCCGCCGCCGCCGCCUCCCCCUUCUCCUCCCCGCCGCGGAGGGACGGGGCUCUCCGCAACGGCACGGUGGUGCCGCAUCAUUACAUGGUGGCCCUGUACCAGCGCCUGGCCGCCCGCCGCGCUCCCGGCCGCCGCGCCGACACCGUGACGGGCUUCGCGGAGCGGGCGCGCAGCGAUGCCUCCCCGUCGGCCUCGGAGCAGCGGUACCUCUUUGACAUCUCCAGCCUGCCUGAGGCAGAGGAGGUGACGGGCGCGGAGCUGCGGAUCCUGCGCUCGGUGCCCGAGAACCGGAGCCUGGCGCUGUCCCCCGAGGGCUCCUUCCACCGCCUCCUGCUCGCCGCCUGCCCCGCCCGGGACGGCGAGGAGCCCCGGCUGCUGGACUCCCGCGCCGCCGACCUUCUGGACGCGGGCUCCUCCCGAUGGGAGGUGUUUGAUGUGCGGGAGGCCUUGCGGGCCCGGAGGGAGAGCUCGGCCUCGGGGCAGCUGCUGUGCUUCCAGCUGCGGGUGGUGUCGGACGGCUCGGGGCAGGCGCUGCCCCCGCGGCAGCUGGGCUUCGGCAAGCCCCGGCCGCAGCCCCACGAGCGGGCCCUGCUCGUGGCCUUCUCCCGCACGCAGAGGAAGGAGAACCUCUUCAAGGAGAUCCGGGAUAAGAUCAAGGCCCUGGGCAGCCCCCCCUUCCUGGAGCCCCCCGAUCCCGGGCAGGAGGCGUUCCUGAGGCGCAGGAAGAGGAGGACCACCAUUGCGGCCCGCUCCGGGGGCAGAGGCCACGGCAAGAAGGCCAAGACGCGCUGCAGCAGGAAGCCCCUGCACGUGAACUUCAAGGAGCUGGGCUGGGAUGACUGGAUCAUCGCCCCCCUGGAUUACGAGGCCUACCACUGCGAGGGGGUCUGCGACUUCCCGCUGCGCUCCCACCUGGAGCCCACCAACCACGCCAUCAUCCAGACCCUGAUGAACUCCAUGGACCCCGAGUCCACGCCCCCGAGCUGCUGCGUGCCCUCCAAGCUCAGCCCCAUCAGCAUCCUCUACAUUGACUCUGGGAACAACGUGGUUUACAAACAGUACGAGGACAUGGUCGUGGAGACGUGUGGCUGCAGGUAGCAAUUUCUGCAGCUCUCCCUAUCCCUCCUGGCCUUGCUCAGCAGCCCUGCUCAUUUUAUAUAUAUAUAUAAAUAUAAAUAUAUAUAUAUAUAAAAUAUAUAUAUAUAGAUAUAUACACACAUACACAUUUUGGUGUGUGCCUUCCCAAAAGCCAAGCUCAGAGCAUGUGUCCCCUGUCUUCCUUGGGCCACCCUGGCCAUGACCCCAGGAGGGAUGGGGGUGUCCCUCUGAGACUGAGGCUGCCACCAUCUCUGUGCCUUGGGAGUGUCUCCCCAGCCUCUGAGCUCUGCCUGAUACACUUGGUUUGCCUGAGUGGAGCUGACAACUUCUUUCCCAAAGGUUUUGGAAAAUGUCUAGCCAAAAUUGUCUUGGCCAGAAUGAUGACCUGGGGUGGGGGGGGGUUGGAGUAGUGUCUGCAGCAGAGGGAUCAGGCCAGCAUCACCCUCUGGCUGUGGCAGUGGGAUGGAGGUGAGGUAGGAAUGCUCUUUUCUUGAGUCAAAUGAGUUUUUCUGGCAGUCUUCAAAUUGCUGCCCUGAGUUUCCUGGUGGAAAAAUAAGGAAUCCCUGGGGGAAGGCAGGAGGUGGAGAACCUGUGGCUGUCGUGGGCUGUAAUCACUUGGUGCAGGCCUUUUUGCAGUGGGGAGAGGCUUGUGAGUCUGCUGGCAGAGACAGGAAAGAGGGAGAACCAGAGGCUAAAAGAGUCAGGUGCGAAGCAGAGCUUGUGCUCUUACAAAGAUAGGAGUGGCCCUGGGAGGCGUUAGCUGGGGCUGCCUCCACUCCACAUGGUCGGAAGUGCUGGCUUUGCUGUCUGUGUCUUGCAGGAGGUACUGGUGGGUGAGUCCCCUCCCUUUCCUGCACAAAACUGUGUUUCCAAGGCAUACUGGGAGCCCAGCAUCAGGCCUGCAAGUCACACAGCAAUCCUGAGCCUGUCUGGAGAGAAACAAAGGUUCCAGGUUCCCUAGGGAAGAGCCAUUUCACUCGCGUUCUUCUCUUUCCAAAUAAUCGCUAUAAAAGCUCCACCCUGUCUUCCUUUGGCAUCGAUUUCCCAGGGAGCUGUGUCCCUCCCUGGAGUGCUGGCUGCUCCCUGCUCCAUUAAGGGAGCUGGAUCCUCCAGGAACAGACCUUUCCCAUGCAGAGGGCUGAGUGCUACCCUCAGGGACUGCUAUGCUAAGUGGGCUGCUUUGACAUGUGCUGGAAGGGUUUCAGUAACUCAGGAGCUGAGUUAAUAAAUGACAUUUAAACCAGAGAAGCUCUUCAUCCAUGCCAGGGUAUGCUUUGGAUGCUGGGAGGCUUUUCUGCUGCACCUCAGUGGGUUUUGGUACCAAACCUUGGCUUUGCUGGGUGGCUUGCCUUAGACCAGAGAUGUAUUUGCACAGAUUUUGUGUUUGAUGGUUUGUUUUUCUCUUGUGGCCAGGGUGUUGGUGUGUAAGCAUCAGUGCUUAUUAGUGAUUGUAGUUUGCUUUUGGAGGAGGUAAAUCCCUGCUGGAAGCAUGGGGGUUUUCCUACAUAAAUCCAGUUGUCCUCCAUGGCAGGGGUGUUCUGCUGGGAGGGCUGAGCCUGGCCAGGGCAGAGAGGGGGUCACCUCAGAGAACUCUGCUGAGAUCCAAUUGAUUUCAAAGAUCAGAAAAGCCUUGGUGAGGUUCAACAGCCCCUUCCCCCCAAGUGCAUCAGUAGGAGGUGAAUGUGUCCAUGGAAAACAGUGACAGAUCCACUGGGAUAACGCCCAGCCUCCCUCCAUCCCUGCCCACAGAGCCUGCUCUGCACCCUCAGGCUGGGGCUGGUGGCAGCUCAGGGGAGAAAGUGUGGCACCCAUAAGUCUCAUGACUUGACACCCGCAGAGCUCCUCUGGCCUUACAUCCGUGCAUCCAAGAGGAAAACCCAUGUCCCUACCUCAGCAUGCAUGUAAAUAUAUGCUAAUGAUGUGCCUGCCUCCAGGGCUCCAGGGGGAUGCUGAGAGAUGGAGAUGGGGGGAAGAGGAAAGAUCAGGUCCAUGCCAUGGGUUUUCUCCCUGUCAGCAUUUGGGGAGGUCCCUGAGUGGGUGAGGAGGGGUCAGCACGAGGGUUUGUGGAUUUCCUCCUCCCUUUGGCUUCAGCACAGCUGGCUGGGGAAGGAGGUUGGCACAGCAGUGCUCGAGCUGCCAGAUUCCACAUCAGUUAUAAAGUUACCAAGCUUUGGAAGUACCUAAUUUUUCAAUUGCCUUUGGUUGUUUGAUAGUUUUUCUCACUGCUGAGACAAUUUUUUAAAAAUGUUUUUGUUUCCUUUACCCCCUCCCCUUCCUCCAAAUAUUUGUGGUGAGGGUUCAUGGGCAGUUCACAUCCAAGCAAGAUAUAUGUAUAUAGUUCCUGGCAGCCCCUGCUGACUGGUGGCUCUUGUGAGCCUCCACCAAAAAGGUGUCCCGAGACCUGCUGCUGUGGCACUGUGUCCCAGGGGUGGUAAUGCCAGUGGCUCCCAGUUCUUGUGGGUAUUUUUCAUCCAGAGUUGCAGGGAACAAACAGAUGUCACCCACCUCAUGUCUGGAGGUGGCUGAUGGAGAGCAGGGUGACAGGUUGGGUCUUGCAACUCUUCACCCCAGCCCCAGUUCUGGGGCAGUGCCCACUGCUGGGGCUUUUGUCCUGAGCCCAGUGAUGGCUUUGCUGGUGCUGGGGACAAAAGCAGUGGCUCAGUUGCUGCAGUUCCAUGGCCUGGAGCUCAAGGAUAAAUGAGAGGGGAAGAUCUGGGGGGAGCACAGAUGUUGCUGCUGCUGGCAAUGAUGCUGUCCAUGGUUUCACCCAUUGGGAGCCCAGCCUGGCUCUCCUGGCUGAGGGCACCCCUGGACAGGAGUGUUUGGUGGGGGAGCAAAGCUCAUCCCCCCGAGAGGAGCCCAGAGGUGCUGGGCCUGUGCCAAGUGUGCCAAGUGCCUCCUGUUCCUUUCCUGGGCAAACAACCUCUGGAGGACAAGGGGAGGGCAAGGGAUGGAGUUGGCUCCUCUUUCUGCUUCUCUAAGGAGCCAGGGGAGGCAGCUCCCUGCCUGGGACUGCUCCAGGGGGAUGGGAAUGA